GUAUGGUGGUAGUACGAGGGUCUAAUCUUGGCAGUGGGCAGAUCAGAUAUCAGCUGGAGAUUCCCACAGACUCCGUGGGAAGCAUGCUUACUAGUUAAUAACACAGGCACUGUGACAGACGAGAGCAGCAGUAGCAGACAGUGUGCGAGCCGAGGGGAGGGAGCUGAGCUGCUGGCAAGUGAAACUGGAUGAGAGAGAUUUAGCUGCGGCUUAGAUCUAUGUAUUUUUGACACACUGAUAUAGGAACAUGGCCAUGAGCAGGGCUGGGAUACAACUGCAUUUUCUGCUGUGCUCCGUGUCCGCGUACCUUUCACCCUACAAUCUGGAGAAUAUUAUUCCUAUUCCUACAGACCCGACCACAUUUUUGGCCUUAAAAAGAUUUGACCCAUGCUGCCUAUUGACUCCGCCUCCCCCACCUUUGUUCCCGCCUCCUCCCAAUAUCUUAAAUAGAGCACCUGUGUUUCCUGGUCCUGUGCACAAGGAUGGUGAGAAAAAGGAGGAUGAGGAGGAGGUGAAAGAAUGCUGUGUUGUGGGACCACCGGGGCCUCCUGGACCUUCUGGACCCAUUGGACCACAGGGUCAAGGUGGCAUUUUGGGAAUGCAAGGACCUAAAGGAGAUAAGGGUGACAUAGGACGACCAGGGUCAAAGGGUCGAACCGGACGUCCAGGUCUUCCUGGAAAACCAGGUGCUGCAGGGUUGCCAGGCCUAGAGGGAGCUAAGGGAGAGAAAGGAGACCCAGGACUAAUGGGACUGCCAGGUAUGAAAGGACCAGUCGGACCUAAAGGUUGGCCAGGAAACAAGGGUGAGAAGGGGGCACGAGGAGAUCGUGGACCUGCAGGUCCAAAAGGUGACAAGGGAGCAAAUGGACUCCCGGGAAUGCUUGGACAGAAGGGUGAAAUGGGACCCAUGGGUGAGCUUGGUGUAACAGGGAAACGUGGCCCUACGGGGCGACCAGGCAAAAGGGGUAAACAGGGUCCUGAAGGAGAGAAAGGUUCUUUAGGCCCAGUGGGACCUAUUGGUCCACCUGGACUCAGGGGCUACCCCGGACCUCCUGGGAUGCCUGCAUCAGGACUGUUUGUUGUUGGAGAAAAGGGUGAGAAGGGGUUGCCAGGUCCUCCCGGUUACUGUGACUGUAGUUCACAAAGUGCAUCAUUACAACACCGUAACAAAUAUGACAAAGUUCCAGCAAUAUUUGUUGUGAGCAGUGAGGAAGAGCUAAAAGGUCUUGAGACGGACAAUGCACUUGCCUUUAGGAAGGACCAGCGGUCUCUUUACUUUAAAGAUGAAAACGGUUGGGAGCCCAUUCAGCUGAUGGCUCUCCAGGCGACGGAGAGGAUGAUGGGAGAGAAUGGCGUGUGCGGGGAUGGAGUGGUGCAGGAAGUCAGUGGGGAAGAAUGCGAUGAUGGAAACAAGGUUGUUACGGAUGAUUGCGUGGGCUGUAAAAAGGCAUACUGUGGUGAUGGAUAUCGUAAUGAGGGUGUGGAGGAGUGUGACGGGAAGGACUUUCGCUACCAGACCUGCAAAUCGUAUCUGCCAGGCACCUUUGGGCAGCUCAGGUGCACUGACUCCUGUUUCAUUGACUCCACUGGCUGUAAAUACAGGACCUGAGGCCCACAAAUAUUUACUCAUGGACAUACAUACAGUGAGGUCCAAAAGUCUAGAACUAGUGAAAAUCCUGUAUUUUGCCAAUUAAAUAAAAAAAUCAAUUUAAAAUUGAUCAGCAUUACAAUUUGAAUUAAACACACACAGUUUAACUUUAAACUUUUUUAGUAUUUUGAAUACCCCCAUUUUGGUUAAAUGGAAGCACUUGAACUGGAAUGCCAAAAUGUUUUGUUUUUACAAAAAUUCAUUUUCCUUAAAAGUUUUUUUUUUCUUUUAAACCUCAUAAAACAAAAAGAAAAAUCAGAAAAUUUUACUUUUGGAUCUCACUGUGUGCCCGCACACACAUAUACACACACACAGAGAUAUAAGGCAGAGCCUGCUAAGAUCAACAGUAUUAAGCAAAUCAUCUGAGAGGAUUUGGCUCUUUUUUUUUCGGUCUCCUUCUCCUCCCUCGCCUCACACAAACUCAGCAGGUCCUGCACUAUUUGCAGUAUCUGCUCUUUGAUGCUAGAUUUAAUGGCAGCUGGUGGUUAAAUGUUUUAAAUAAGCAACUGCAUUAUGGAGAUCAGGAGAUGGCAUGAUUGAAUGACUGUAUAAUAUGUUUAUAUGAAGCCUAUUUAUUUGGUUGGCAUUGUAAAUGCAUGAGUCAGUUGAUGCAUGUUUACAUGAUGUAUGUAUGUUUUAUUUUCAUAAUGAACAAAACACUGAAUAAUAUUUUACUAGGACAUGCAUUGUAAAGGAAAGAUAACUAAUUGUAUUUAUUUAUUUUGUUUUUUAUUUAUUGAACUUUGUCUUAUAUUUGACGCAUUG